CUUCUUCUUCCACCGUCGAUCUCUCUGUGAUUUUUCAGACUUAAAAUUGUGGACACCGAAUUUUUUUCUAGAAUCUCGCGUUUAACGAAACCACAACCUCCACGCGUUCUCGUAGAUUCAAUCUGCGUGGACUCAGGGAAACAUUGCAGUUCAAGGAUCUCUGCAUUGAAAAUUUGUUUAAUUUUUUAUGCUCUAAACACGGUUUGGAAACCUGGCAUGGGAGUUGUUACUGUUUCUACCUCAGCUGCUAGGACUCCAUUAAGAUUGAGUACAAAGUUUAUCAGUCGUCAGCAGGCACAUAAACGACUCUUAAUUGUAGCUUUUAAAGGAAAUAAAUCGAAUAAAACCACUUUGGUUUCACCUCAGGAGCAAAUUCCUCUACCCGUGGAAACGGCAAAGAAACAAAGGAAAAGGAUAGAAAAGAGUAAUGAGUCGCUGAAGAGAGUGAGAGCUGUCUCUACUGAUGAAACCUCUCCAUUCACCAUGGUUGUGGACUACAAUGAAGCUGCAGCCAAACUUGAAAAUAUAUAUAAACUCAGCUCCGUAUCUGAUACUUGUGAGACGGAAGAUAUAGAUAGUAAAACCACGAGAGUAUUCCGGAGGAGGAAGAAGGUUGGUGAUGAACAUGAUGACAGAAAUGAUGAUCAUGUGGUUAGAAACCUGAAUAAGAAGGCCAAACGAUUGAGUCUUGAUAAAAGGAUUUCAUUGAAAAGGAAUGCAAAGGAGAAGGUAAUUGUUCAAGCUCAGAAAAAAAGAGAUGUUAAUAAAGUAGAGAAAAUUGAUGCGCUUAUCAGGGAGUAUUCAGCAUCAACUGAUUUAGUUAGCAUGGACUGGAAGAAAAUGAAAAUUCCGCCAGUUCUUCCUUCUUCAGAACAUGCAUGGUUAUUUAAGUUGAUGGAACCUAUGAAGUCACUCCUACAAAUGAGAGAAGAUUUACAGGAAGCAGGGAAAGAAAUUUCGGAUGGUGAACUAGCAGAUGCAAAUAGCACUAGCAUUGUUCAAGUAAGGAAAGCUAUAGAAAUUGGUCAAGCUGCGAGAAACAAGCUCAUAAAGCACAAUCUCCGACUUGUAUUGUUCGUGAUUAACAAAUAUUUUCAAGAUUUUGCAAGUGGCCCAAGGUUUCAAGAUCUUUGUCAGGCUGGAGUUAAGGGACUUAUCACUGCAAUUGAUCGAUUUGAGUCAAAAAGGAGACUUCAGCUAUCUACAUACGGUCUAUUUUGGAUUAGACAUUCAAUUGUUCGUUCCAUAACCCUCUCAAGCUUCACACGUGUUCCUUUUGGACUUGACAGGGUCAGAGCAGAUAUUCAUAGAGCAAAACUCGAGUUAACAUUUGAGCACCAGAGGUCACCAACGGAAGAGGAGGUAUUAAAAAGAAUUGGGAUCUCCCCUGAACGAUAUUAUGAUGUACUGAAGGCAUCAAAACCCAUUCUAUCCCUGCAUUCAAGACAUAUAACCACGCAGGAAGAGUUUAUUAAUGGGAUUACUGAUCUUGAUGGUGUGGAUGCUGAUAAUAGGAGGCAAGUUGCUGUUCUAAGACUUGCUCUUGAUGACGUGCUUGAUUCCUUGAAGCCAAAGGAAAGCUUAGUGAUUAGACAGAGAUAUGGACUUGAUGGCAAGGGUGACAGAACCUUGGGAGAAAUCGCUGGGAACUUGAAUAUUUCAAGGGAAAUGGUUCGGAAGCAUGAAGUCAAGGCUCUCAUGAAGCUUAAGCACCCUGCUCGGUUGGAUUAUCUCCGUCGCUAUGUUGUAUAGUAAAUUGACAAAUGUAUAUAUGCUUCUGCUGCUGUCGUUAUAGUCCAAGUUACCUAUAGUCAUGCCCAUGAAGAUAUAUAUUACGAUUAUUUAAACAUACAAAAUCAGCAUUAGUCAGGUAAUUUGUAUAUGAAGGAGUUAUUUGUCAUAAGAAAUAACAACCUAAUGCAUGUUUCAUGUAAUUAGUUGUGUUUAUAAAAUUACAUUCCAAAUUAUACAAUA